UAUACUGCGUGGUACAACAAACCCUGCUCCUCUUUCCUGAGCACGGGAUUUCCGUUUCCGCACUGUGAAAACAGCUCUGAAGAGUUUCACACUUACGUUCAACGACAAGCGCAAACUCAUGAGAUCAAGUUCGAGUGAAAGAAGAAAGUGAGCAGUGAUUUGAGCCGAAAUGAGCGGCACUCCGGUCGGAACUGCUGCGAUACCGGAAGACUUCUCAGGCCAAAUGCUGGAGCUGGACGAGGACGAGGACUUGGAAGUUUUCAGUAAGGAUGCUGCCUUUAUGGAUGGAAGCCCCUUCAGUGUCUCUAUGCCAACGUCCCCUGGAUCUAUGGUCAAUCAAUACAGAUUUGAGGAAGAGGAAGAUGUGCCUGGCAAUAAGGACAUGUUCAUCACAGUCGACGACCCUGAGAGUCAUGUGACAGCGAUCGAGACAUUUAUCACAUACAGGGUUUUGACCAAGACUACACGUAGUGAGUUUGACUCAAGUGAGUAUGAAGUACGCAGACGCUACCAGGACUUCUUUUGGUUAAAAGGCAAACUGGAGGAGGCUCAUCCAACUCUUAUUGUCCAUCCGCUACCGGAGAAAUUUGUUAUGAAGGGAAUGGUGGAAAGGUUCACUAUUGACUUCAUUGAGACAAGGAAAAAAGCAUUACACCGGUUUCUUAACAAAAUAGCCGAGCACCCCAUCCUUUCCAGCAGUGAGGAUUUCAAGAUCUUUCUUACAGCACAAGCUUGGGAGCUAGCAUCUCAUAAAAAGCAAGGUCCAGGUUUCUUAAGCAGGAUGGGCGAGACAGUGCGAGCCAUGGCUGCCACAGUCAGAGGGGUCAGAAAUCGGCCAGAGGAGUUCAAUGCCAUUCAGGACUAUGUGGAAAACUUUAAUGUGAAGGUGACCUCGCUGGACAAAAUCACCCAGCGAAUUCUCAAAGAAAAAAGAGAGUACCUGGAUGAAAUAAAGGAGUAUGGGCCCGUCUACACCCUGUGGUCUGGCUCAGAGGAGGAGCUGGUAGAGCCCUUAAAGCUCAUGGCGAGUUCCUUGGACAGGUGCUACAAGGAGACUGAGGAGCAGAUAGAACACCUCAGUAGCAAUCUCCUCCCAACACUGCACGAGUAUGUGCUCUGCGCUGAUAACCUCAAGGCAGUACUGCGGAGACGAGACAACAUCCAGGCAGAUUACGAAGCUAAGAAUGAAGCUCUCGCCUCUAAGAGGACAGAAACGGAAGCCGAAUCUAAGGUGCUGGGUUUAGCAUGGGACAGCCUGGUGGGCAAGGACCCAGAGGAGGUCAGACAGCAGAAACAGCAGAAGCUUAAAGGAGAAAUUAAAGAGAUGAAAGAUGACAUUGAAAAAAUGGAAGACAGACUGGAAUGGGCCAAUAACACGCUAAAAAGUGACUGGAGCCGCUGGCAGAAGAGCAUGAGGUCUGACCUAAAAGGAGUCUUUAUCCAAACGGCAGAAAAGAAUGUGGAAUACUACGAAAAGUGUCUGGCAGUGUGGGAGUCGUUCCUGCUGUCUCAGAGACCUGAGGCCAAGGAAGUGGGCAGAGAUGACUCCUAAUCCCUCGGAAGCUUUUAUCUGAACAGUGAAGACCAAAGACAGAAUUUUUACCUUAAAAUGCUUGUGCUUGAAUUGUACAGCAAAAUACCACUGCCUCAGAUGUGUCAGUAUAAACAUAACUGUGCCAAACCAUCAGCCAAACCAAGGACCCGUUGUUUUCUACAAGAGGUAACAAGUUUGUCUCUGCCGCUUAUACAGUAGACAAGAUACUACGAAUAUUUUGCCAAAAAAAAAAGAAAGAAAGAUAAUAAAGAAACCUAAUUAAAUUCAGUAGAAAAGGUUUAUGGCUUUAUUAUAUCUUUAUUACAUUUGGAUGGCAUUAAUCUCUGAAUUAAUUUUACAAUUAUUUGGUGCAUUUACUUAUAUCUAAACCACUGGCUAGGCUACUUUAAAAUCUGUGAGAUACUUUAAAACCAGUGAGAUAAUUGUGUAGCCCAGAUUAUUUAAAACAGGUGCAUUUUAUGGCAGUACAUUGCACUAUGGAAUAUUUUUAAAUAUACUACUAUAAAUCAUACAAGUUAAUCAUCAUUCCUUUUUUGUUUACAACAUGCUCAUGUUUUACAACUAUGGAACCAUAUGCUUCAUAAAAAUAAAAAUGUGUAAAUAUUUGA